GAAAAUAAAUACUUGAUUAGCUAUAUUUGCAUGUAUAAUAAUUCAUGUUGUUGCUAACAUAUUUUCGUGAGUUUUAUGGCAUCUCUGAGAUUAUUGAGGUUUUAUUUCAUGAGAUGCCAUUGUGUUAGUGAACACUGGUUUGGAGAAUACUGACUUUUAAAGGUCAUGUCAGUGGCCUUUAUUUUGUUGUUUGAUGACCUGGUUUCAAAUGUCAAAUAUGUGAAUUGAGAUUGUACCUGUAGAGAUGGAGCUUUGAAGGAAAUAUUUUUUUUAGUAUGAUUUUAACAUACUUUAAUUCUAAAGAAAAAACUUGAGUAUAUUUGUAUAACAUGCCUAAUAUCUUAAGUUUGGUAUAUAUACACUGUUAACUUGUUUAUAUAGGAUGUUUCUUCAUGGAUUGAUUGCACAGUAGAAAGCAAAACUAAUCAGGUAAGGAGAGGAGAUCAAACAGUUUGGAGGGCAUAUUUGUAUUACUUUUUAGAGUAGGUAGAAGAGCUGUGAAAGCACUUGUGAAAUUUUUUCUGGAGCUUAGUUUUAAUGUCUCAUCUGUUUUUCUGUCCUUCCUGUAGUACUUAUUCUUAUUCCUUCAAACAUUUAUUGAAUGCUUACUAUGUGCAAAGUGCUGUGGAGAAUACAUAGAUGAAUCAGGCAAAUUUCUGAACCUCACAUGAAGAACUGGCCAUAACUUUUUCAAAAUGCAAAUGACAGACACGUUUUUAAAUGCCUAGUUAAUUUUGUUCUCUUCCUACUAAGGUAGGUGUUGCAUUGCCCCUUAAAGAAUGUUUGUUUAAUUAUAGUAGCCAUAGAGAAAAGAAAGGGGCUUUUAAUAGCAAGAAUCAGACAUAACUUCAAUUUAAGCAUCUUGUACUCCUGUUAAGCAGGUAGUAUUCCAAUUGGGCAUAUUGUAAUGGUGUUUCUAGGUAGAGUUGAUAGUAGUGAAAUGGGUAAGGAUCCUUAAGAAUGAGAGCCUUUAAAUUAACUUUUCAAAUUUGAAGAAAUAGCAUUUUACAGAGGAAAAUGGCAUAGUGAAAAAAGUAUUGGGAUUUAAGUCUGAGGACUUGGGUUCAAGAUCUGGUCUGUUGCAACCUCCCUGUGACCUCAGGGAAGACACUUAAUGUUUCUGUGUCUUUUUAAAAUGAAGGGUUUGGGUGAAAUAAUCUCUGAGGCUUUUUCUAUCUAAAUCCUAUUCUCUUAUCUUUGAAGUAGUAUUUUGAUUGGAAAGGGAAAGAGGAUGAUGACAAGAAUGGGGGAGGUUAGUUUUAUUGGGAAGCCUAGAAUUUGCUAUAAUUUAUGUGAGAGAUGAUUUUAACUUAAUGGUUAGGAUCAGAAUGUGUGAAGAAGGAAGAAUAAAGGUAACUCAAAUUUCAAGAGUUGAUAUCAAAGUUUAUUUGGAAGAUGAUCAGGAAUCUAAAUUCUUAAUAGUUUGGAGUUUAAUUUGCAAGGAUAAAAGAGAGUAGAGUUUGAGAAUUAAUGAUGAAUCACAAUAUGCUCAUCUUUUAGUAAGAAACUUGCAGUCUCUCGUGGUUUGUAAAUUGAAUGUUAUAACUUCCUAGCAGUGUGUGGUAAAUUAACUAAAAGAUGUUGCCUCAGAACUCGAAUAUCUGUGGGUGUCUAGAAGUUUAUCUCUAGGAGCACAAACAUGAAGUCAAUUGUCAGAAUUCUCAUUACAGGUAGUUCCUGUUUUUUGAUUCACUAUAGUAUAAGUUUUGGUCUUUAAUUAAGCCCUUACUUGGCCUCUUUUUUAAAAACACUGGUUUGUUAAAGAAUAUUAUGACACGCUUAGUGUUUUCAUAAUAAGUAUUUGUAAUGCAAUUUUCAUGUUUUAAAAUUCAACACUGUGUAGUUAUUCUAGUAGCACUAUGUGAAAAUAAAAUGGUAUUUCCUUAAUCUUAUAGUAUGAAUGAGAGUGGCAGCUUGGUGUAAGUGAAUAUUGUUGGAGUUGGAGUCGGUGUCAGGAAGACCUGGGUUCAAAUUCUGCCUCUGACAGUCACCUCUGUGACCAUGAGAAAGUCUCAUAACUUGAGCCUUGAGCAACUCUGUAAGAUUUAGAUAUAGAUAAUUGGAUAAAUUGACAUAAUGAGGAUGAUGAUGUUAGAACUGGGAAGGCAGAGGCCUGUUGCCACUUAAUUAAAUACUUUUCACGAUACUCCUUUUGUUAGAGUUGGGACACAAUGUUUGCAAGAGGAAUAAAGAGAAAAUGCUUUGAUGGUGAAGAAGAUAUUGAAGGAACCUUGGCUGGUUUUAAGUCUGUUCCCUCAUAUAAUCUUCAGCGGCAGUCACUUUUAGACAUGUCUCUGGUAAAGCUUCAGUUGUGCCACAUGCUUGUUGAACCUAAUCUGUGUCGAUCGGUUCUUAUAGCAAAUACUGUAAGGCAAAUUCAAGAAGAAAUGACCCAGGAUGGAACUUGGCAAGUGAUAAAUGCUCAGAAUACAGGACAGGCUUCUCUUGAUCGCCUAGUAUCAUCAGAUAUCCUUUGUCGUUCAACAAAAGAACAGGGUGAAGGGAAACUUGUUCCUGGUUACAGUAGUUUCUCAAAAGACUUUGAAGAUAUCCAGUCCCAAGAUAUUAUUUCUGAUCUGUCCACGGUUACAUCAGUACAAGCUCCAAGAAACCCUCAAAGUAAUGUUUGGGAAAUGGAGAAUCCUCAAGAAAAUAGGGGAAACUUUCAGAAGUCACUAGAUCAAAUAUUUGAAACGCUGGAGAACAAAAAUCCUAAUUCUGUAGAAGACUUAUUUUCAGAUGUUGACAAUUCUUACUAUGAUCUUGAUACAGUAUUAACAGGAAUGAUGAGCAACACAAAAAUGGGACAUUGUGAUGUGCUUGAGAGCUUUUCAUCUCAAACAACCACAAAUUCUAACUCAAAUUGUAAAUCUGAUAUAAAUGAGCUUGACCAUAUUGUGGAAAUCCUUGUUGAAUCUUGAAAUGGUUAAAUACAAAGCAUGAUUCUUUGAAGAAGUUGAGAACAUUUGAAAAAACAAGCCUUCAAAUAGUUUACUAUCAAAUGUAUACGUAAUCUACAUAAAAGCUAAAAAGCACUUCAUUUUGUGAAAUAGUGUUAUCUUUAAAGCUAACAAGCUACUUGCCUUUGACAGUUUUGGUUUGUCCACUGAAAUUUGAAUAGAUACUCUAACAAAUAGUUGCAGGGUAUGAAGCUUCCAAGGUUAGGCUUAGAGUACUUACUUUUUCUUCCUCAAGGCAGAGGGGAAGACUGGUACAAUGGGUUCUUGAUUCUUCAUUUAACCUUUUUUUCAGGGCCGAUACUUAAACUCCCAAUUGCCCUGACCGAUUCUUUACCUUCCCUCUUUCUUUUUCAGCUACAGUCACCAGCCUUCAACUUUAUUAGUCUAGAUAGAUUUUUUUUAUCAGUUUUGUAUGUUUUGGGCAAUGUUUUGCUCUUAAAAAUAUAUUUUUGAAAUUUUUUAUACUUUUAUCAGUGUUUAGAUUUUCCAGCUAUUUUCCUAAAAGUAUAUUUUUACUAUAAAUGUCCUUUCUGCUGCUACUUCAGUAACUUUCUUAGCGUAAAUACUUGGAAUUGGUGUUUUUCUGUUAAAAUUUUAAAAGGAUUUUCAUUUUUCAGAAUGAACUAUAUAGAAUGAAUUAUAUAGUUCAGUAAACUGUAAAUAUACAACAUGCUUUAAAAUGUAAGAGCUGUUUUCAUAAUCAUGUAGUUGAGAAACUUGUAUUGCUUUUUAUACUUGAGCAUUGCUAGAAGGGAAAAAAUGCUGAUCAUAGAUACAGUUCUAUUAAAGCCAUGUUUCAUGUUAAUUCUGAAUAUAAAUUAUGUAGGGUUUUAUUUAUGUGUAUUUAUAUGUAAAUGUCAUCACAGUGAAUUGUUUAUCAUUGAAGUCUAGGGUCAAAUUUGUUUAUGUGGGAAAACUCUUGCACUAAUUAUUAAGUAAAGUGUUAUUGGGGCCUUUGAAUCUAUCAUUGUGUUCUUUUGUUUAUCUAAGUUAGUAUGUUUUACUCCAGUGUAAGUUUUCUGUAUGGCUGUUCCUCUGAAAGAUGUUGCUUUAGGUCUUUUAUCUACUUUAAAUAAGAAAUACAUUCGUUGUAGAGUGUAUUUAAUAAAUACAUCAACAGAUCCAUUUAGGAAAGAGUAGCUUAAAUAUUAUUGUUAGAAUGAGAAAAGUCCAAUUUUACUGUAUUAAGCUGUGCCUGGAAUUUUUUUUUUAUCAGACUGUAGUCUACUUGAAAUAAAGUAAUUUGUGUACAUUUG